AUCAGCAUGACUGAGAUCAUGGAGGAUGAUGUCGACGACGUGCAGCCGUCACACAUACCGCCACCAACGAACUCAAACACAACUUUUUGUACUUGUGCAGUGGCCCCGCUGCCUCCUUAUGCCAGCAGAGACAUUGAGCUUGCAGAGACUCAUGCGAAUGAGAGUGGAGGUCUUUUGUAUUCCGCCAACGCAAAUGCAGUAGCCCUUUCUAAUCCACCUACCUUGACCUAUGCCUCGAAACUGUCUUCCAAGAGAGGGCUUCGAGCCAUAGUAAUCUUCAUAAUCUGCAUGUUCCUACUCGUUCUUCACCUCCGCGCCGAAUCCGCGAAGAAGAAGAGACAUCAGCUCAUACACGAUGGUCUCGCAUGGGCUGACAUAACUCCGUCAAAACGAUGUCUCCGCUAUGGCACCCGCGAGUACUCUGCUCAGCUGAUGGGCGUACCUAGAGGCGAACAUGGCUUGCGUUGGUGCAAGGAGAAGGAGAUUACCAUUCACGGCAUCGAUUUUGAAAAGCCAGGGUAUUGCACUGUCGACAGGGAUUAUUCGGUGCCCACGAAACGCCGAUUUUACGGACAUUGGACGGUCGAGUCCAAUGAGCCAAGCUGUAAGACGCUGUGGGAGAAUUUCCAGGAUAAGGGAUGUGUUGCGAAGGGUUCGAUGCGCCGUCGUAUCGAAGCUCAUAUGGGGAAUCACCAGCCACCAUGGGAUAAUUGGCGAGAGAUGUGUUCUACUACCCCCGCGGACUAUGAUGGGCAUCAUUUCGAUCAGCCAGAUAGCUGUGACCACAGGGUAAGAGGCAUUGGUACUCUAUGGCUCGCGUGA